GUCAGUUCUUCAGAGACACGUCUGAGUGAGGGAAGUUAGGCCGUGUGUGUGUGUGACUUGUUUGAAACUGGGACCAGAAGAGAGGGGCUGUAAGAACAGGGCGGCGUGUGUUCUCGUCCCUGCUGGUCGGGGUACGAGUAGGGAGCUGGCCUCCCAAGUAGACACUUUUGAAUCUAAUUUUGUCAUCUUUGUCAGAAAAAUCAAUGCAAAUGGAAGAGGUAUACCGCUACUCUGAGCACGCUUCUGCCGCCGAUGUGAUGGAGGUGAAAGGCUACAUUAAGGAAUUUACCCGUCACUCCAACGACGUGUUGCUCAACUUAAAUGAACUGCGGCAUCAGGAUAUCCUUACAGAUGCCACGCUGCUUGUGGGCACCGCCAGGAUGCGCGCCCACUGCGCCGUGCUCAUCGCGUGCAGUGGAUUCUUCUACACUCUCUUCUCUCGUCGAGCGAUCGGUGCUGGCGGUGAGCGUGGGUUUUCUCUCACCCUGCCGGUGGGGCUGGACGCAGGCAGCGUGUCCCUGCUGCUGGACUUCAUGUACACCUCCUGCCUCCCUCUCACACCACAGACAGUAUCUGGCGUGCUCGCCGCUGCCAGCUAUCUGCAGAUGGAGCAUGUCGCUGACACCUGCCGAGCAUUUAUUCACAGUGAAAGGAUCUCUGUCAGUCCUUCUAUGAUGGAGCCAGCCUCUAGAGCGCCCCUUGGAGGAAGGUCACCACCUGCUCAUCCCACCAUCUUCUCCUCCCCCUCCAGGCCUACUGCUGAGGCAGAAGAUCCCACCCCAGACCGAGCCAGGGUUCCAAGUGAGAGCUUUGCCUCGCCAGAUCUAGAAACUUGCCUGAUUGCUAUCCCUAAGUCUCAGACCCUAAAAUUAGAGGAAUCUUCACCUGCAACCCCAUCCACACCAUCUGCAGACAGUCCUUCUCAUUCCAGCGGACAUCCCAACUCACCUGCUGAGUCCAGCGGCUGCAGUCUGUCUCCCCAGCUAAAGAAGCGAUCUGAAUCCAAGCCUUCUCCUGACCCAAAGGCCUGUAACUGGAAGAAGUACAAGUAUAUUGUCCUCAACCCUCUGUGUGCCACACCUAUAAAGGAGGAGGGGCCUGGAGAGGAGCGGCAAGAACAAAGCCACACCCCCUUUGUCAGUGAUAAGACUGAAGCCUCAUCUAAAACAACAAAUAACAUUUGGACAGGGGAGAACCCUGGUCUGAAUAAUAGGAAUACAUGGCCUCUUCCAUAUAGCACAUCAGAGCAAAACAUAUACUUUAGUCCCCUUCAUGUUAUGGACAGCACCCUUCCAAUCAGCGAGAAUAAAGGCCUCUGCAGUCCUUAUGUUUGUGCCCAAAUUGCCAAUCAGAGUCAUUUACUGGGCCAACACCCAAUCAAGUUUGAGAAGCUCUCUGCACAGCUCAGUAACCCUGGAAAUCAAGCCACAAAAACAAAACCUUCCUGCUCAGGAGACAAGCCUUACUGCUGUAAUGUGUGUGGAGCACAGUUCAACCGGCCUGCAAAUUUAAAGACUCAUUCUCGUAUUCACUCUGGAGAAAAGCCCUACCGCUGUGACACAUGUGGAGCCAGAUUUAUCCAGGUAGCUCACCUGCGUGCCCAUGUUCUGAUCCACACUGGGGAAAAGCCGUACCCAUGUAACACCUGCGGAACACGUUUCCGCCACCUGCAGACGCUGAAGAGCCACCUGCGCAUCCACACUGGAGAGAAGCCUUACAGCUGUGAGAAAUGUCACCUGCACUUCCGCCAUAAGAGCCAGUUGAGGCUUCACCUGAGACAGAAACACGGUGCAAUCACCAACACUAAGAUCAGAUACAAGGUUCUGGUUGACCCAUACCAACCUGGGCCCACACUGUUACAAGCUUGCUGAAGGGCAUGACGAAACAUUGAGUUUUAGGCUGAAUUUGAUGGAUCUAUAAAAAAGUAUUGUAAAAAGUUUAAAGAGGUGGAGUGCUGCACUCGAGGACAGCUUGACUUAUAUCAAUGAAUGUAGUCUUCCACGAAUGCAGUACUCCUGCACUAGAUGUGCUGACUAUUAUCUUUAUUAAUUGUUAAAAUAUUAUUAUUUAUUUUGCUCUGUAUACUUUAUGUUGCUCAUGCUAUUUAAUCGUAGUUUCUGCUGUUACAAAAAAGUAUUUUGUUUUCAUAUUGGCCACUUUUUCUGUGGCAGGAAAUAUGGUGAAAAUCAUUGUGAAAAAGUGUGCAGCCCUAUUCAGAUGGUAAUUGUUCCCACCGGGAAUAUUAAAAUAUUGUGACAAUAUGAUAAACAAUUAUCGUCCAAAUAAGGCUUAAGACAGUAUGGAAUUAUUAUUAUUUUUUUUUUUUGCUGUUAAGACUUAAGAUGGUUUGUGGCAGAGUGUGAAGGUGUUUA